AUGUCGUCUACUACAGCUAUUCAACAAUUAAGUUCAGCAUUGCUGACGAUGUAUUCCAAUGCAUCACAAGAAGAUAAAAUGACGGCUACUCAUUAUUUAGAAAAUUUUCAAAAAUCUCCUGAAGCAUGGCAAAUUGUUCUUGAAAUAUUAAAUAACGUCAAUAAUGAUGUCCAAUUGAAAUUAUUUGCUGCUCAAACAUUAAGAUCCAAGAUAAUUUAUGAUUUAUCUAGUCAAUUUACUGGAUUAGAGAAUUAUGAAUUGUUGAAAAAUUCAUUACUUGAAAUUAUGAUCAAGUAUAAUCAGCCAAAUGAAAAAUUGAUCAGAACUCAAUUAUCUAUUGCAUUAUCUCAUUUUUUGUUACAAUAUCUUUCAUGGAAAUCUCCAAUUAUGGAAAUUUUAACUAAAUGGAAUGAAUCUCCUGAAAAUUUAUUUAUAUUGUUGGAUUUUUUGAAAAUUUUACCAGAAGAAUUAUCCGAUGUUAAAAAGACAAAUUUAACAGAUGAAGAAUUUAAUAACAGAAGCAAAGAAUUAAUUAACGAUAAUGUUGAACAAAUAUUAUUGUUGUUGAAAAACUUAACUGAUUCAAAUGGAAACGGUUCCUUAGUAUUAAAAAGUUCAAUUUUAGAUUGUCUAAAUAGUUGGAUUAAAGAAUUCCCAAUUGAUCAACUUUUACAAAUUGAUUCAUUAGUUAAUUUAAUAUUUGGUAGUUUCUCAAAUGAUGAAAAUUUUGAAAAAGCAAUUGAUUGUUUAAUUACAAUUGUAAGAGAAACUAGAGAUUUGGAGAAUUACGAAAUCAUAGAUGCAUUAUAUCAACAAAUUUUAAAAUUAGGCGAAUUUAUGGCAGGUAAAUUGAAAGAUGAUGAAUAUGUUGAUGGAUUAACCAGAUUAUUUGUUGAAUGUGGAGAAUCUUGGGUUACUUUAAUUGGUAAAAAUAGCAAACACUUCAAACCCCUUGUGUUGAUUAUCUUGGAAUGUACUAAAUAUGACGAGGAUUUGGAUAUUGUUAAAUAUACUUUCCAAUUCUGGUAUCAAUUGAAACAAUUAAUCACAUUACCAAAGUUCCAAGAAGCAAAAGCCGAAUUCAGUGAUGUUUAUUUAUCAUUGAUUUCAAUAAUUAUCAAGCAUUUGACAUAUCCAAUUAGUGAUAAUGAUAACGACUUGUUCAAUGGGGAUAAAGAACAAGAAGACAAAUUUAAAGAAUUUAGAUAUGAAAUGGGUGAUGUAUUGAAAGAUUGUUGUGCAGUUGCAGGAGCCACCAAAGCUUUACAGGUGCCAUUUGAACAAAUUCAAAGUAUAAUUUCCAAUGCUCUGGGUCAUUGGCAAUAUUUAGAAGCACCAUUGUUUUCGAUGAGAACUAUGGCCAAGGAAGUUUCAUUGAAUGAAAAAACCAUCUUACCUACUAUUAUGUCAUAUUUGAUUCAAUUGCCAGAGCAUCCAAAGAUUAGAUAUGCCGCCACUUUGGUGUUGGGAAGAUACACUGAAUGGACAGCUAAACAUCCUGAAUUCUUAGAACCACAAUUGAACUAUAUCAUUAAAGGGUUUGAAGUUGCUGAUAACAAUAAUGAUAUCAUUAUGGCUACCUCACAUGCAUUGAUGUAUUUCUGUCAAGAUUGUUCUGAGUUAUUGGUUAACUAUUUGGAACAGUUGUACAUGUUGUAUGGACAAGUUAAGGAUAAAAUGGAUCUUGAAUCUAAUUAUGAAUUGGCUGAUGGAUUGGCCCAUGUUAUUUCCAAGAUCCCUCGUGAGAAUAUGUACAAGACUACCGAAAUGUUUAUUGAUCCAACUAUUGAUUUGUUGACUAAGACUUUGAAUCAACCAGUUGGUAACGAUACAACCAAUAAAUUUAUAGCUGAUCAAAUUGAAAUUAUAACCAUCUUUAUUGACGUUUUAAAAUGCCCUGAAUCUGAUUGGGAAAAACCAAAUUAUCCAAUUGCUGAUUUAUUUAUCGAAAAAGUCUGGCCAUUAGCCAAAGAACUUUUGAAUAAAUUUGGAAGUGCAUUAAUUGUUAGUGAAAGAUGUAUGAAAUUGUUGAAGAGUGCUAUUAGAUCAUGUAGUUUGUUUUUGACCAGAAUUUUACCAGAGAUGGCCAGUUUAUUACAUGAAGGAUUUCAAAAGAGUCAAUUUGGAUGUUAUCUUUGGGUUACUGGUGUGUUGAUCAGAGAGUUUGGAGAUGAAUAUAACACUAACGAAGAAAUCAAGAAUUCAGUUUAUGAGUUUGGUAUUCAACAAAGUGUCACAGUUUUUGAGAUUUUGUUCUCGAAAAAUAGUGAAGAAGAGUUUAAGCGUAUACCGGAUGUUAUUGAAGAUUUCUUCAGAAUGGUUAAUGAUUUAUUGAUGUUUUUCCCAUUUAAAUUGAUUCCAAAUGUUGAAAUCUUAAAGAAUAUAUUCAAGUCUGUUAAUUUGACCUUGAGUUUUGUUAAUGAAUUUGAAGCAAUUAUAGCAUGUGUUCAUUUUAUGAUUGAUUUGAUUUCAUGGGGAUUACCAAACCCACCGAUUUCAUUGUUUGAAAUGGGGGACACAACUCCAUUGAGACAAACUAUCCAAGAGUUUUUAAUGUUGGAUAAUCAAGGAGGUGAAUUAUUGAAAAUAUUAAUUAAUGGAUUGUUGUUUAAAUUCCAUCCAGAUGUUAAACAAGAUGUUAAUGAUUUGAUUAUCAAAAUUUUAGUAGUUGUACCAAACUUUGAGAUGUCAUUAGGAUGGUUGAAUGAAAUUGUCUGUUCAUUGCCAAAUGUGAAUGAAAAAGAAAUUACCAGAUUGUUGAAUGUAAUUAAGGUUGCAUUACCUAAUAAAGAUAAUAGAAGAGUGAGAUCGGCAUUAAAAGAUUUUAUUAGUUGGUAUUCUAGAAAGAAUAUUACUCCAAGGUCGGAAUUUUAG